AUGGCUCAUAUCAAAGAGGAUCCAGAAGAGAAGAAGAAUCAUUCAAGCUUUCAAAUUUCUGGAGUAGGAGUAGGAGUAGGAGAUGAAGAAGACUUUACCGACAACUCUCCGAUUGAGGAAGUCCGGUUAACCGUGCCGAUAACCGACGAUCCAACCGAACCAGCUUUAACAUUCCGAACAUGGUUUCUAGGUUUAAUAUCUUUAGCAAUGCUUGCAUUUGUGAAUCAAUUCUUCGAGUUCAGACAAAACACAUUAUCAAUCUCAACGGUCUCAGCCCAAAUCAUAACAUUACCGUUGGGACGAUUAAUGGCGGCUAAACUUCCGACAACAAAGUUAAAAGUUCCGUUAACAAAUUGGUCGUUUUCAUUGAAUCCUGGUCCUUUUACCUUAAAAGAACAUGUGCUUAUCACUAUUCUUGCUGGAGCUGGUUCUAGUGGUGUUUAUGCUGUUAAUAUAAUUGCUAUUGUUAAAGCUUUUUAUAAGAGGCAAAUUAAUCCUUUCGCUGCAUUUCUUCUUGCUCAAACUACUCAGAUGCUUGGAUAUGGAUGGGCUGGUGUUUUUAGAAGAAUUCUUGUUGAUUCUCCUUACAUGUGGUGGCCUGCAAAUCUGGUUCAAGUUUCUCUCUUCAGGGCAUUGCAUGAGAAAGAGGGUAGAAUAAAGGGUACCCUAACAAGGUUACAAUUCUUCUUAGUGAUGUUCAUAGCAAGUUUUGCAUACUACCUUAUACCGGGCUACCUUUUCCCAUCAAUUUCGUCAAUCUCGUUCGCAUGUUUUAUUUGGAAAGACAAGAUCAUACCACAACAGAUUGGUUCCGGUCUAAAAGGUUUAGGAAUCGGCGCUUUCACCUUGGAUUGGUCGACGGUCGCCGGUUUCUUGGGCAGUCCACUUGCCUAUCCUUCUUUCGCCAUAAUCAAUACCAUGUUCGGAUUCGUCCUAUUUGUUUAUAUUAUAAAUCCCAUCGCUUACUACACAAAUUCCUAUGAUGCAAAGCGUUUCCCAAUUUACUCUUCCAAAACAUACGAUCACGAGGGGCAUAUAUAUAAUAUUUCGAGAAUAUUGAAUAAGCAAACUUUCACGCUCGAUAUACCUGAGUACGACGGUUAUAGCAAGAUUUAUCUUUCCAUAUUCUUUGCAUUCGCCUAUGGUUUGAGUUUUGCUAGUUUGCCCGCCGUCCUCUCCUAUGUUUGGCUCAACCAUGGAAAGGAGAUUUUUCGGAUGUGGAAAGCGACGGCUGCGUCGUUGAAGGAAGAGGUUGGGGAUGUUCAUACGAGGUUAAUGAAGAGGAACUAUGAACCGGUCCCAAACUGGUGGUUUUACAUUAUUCUCGUAGCCAUGUUGGCUCUUUCGAUACUUUCGUGCGAGGGUUUUGGCAAGCAACUUCAACUUCCAUGGUGGGGAAUUCUUUUGGCUUGUGCCAUGGCUUUAUUCUUCACUUUACCCAUUGGAAUCAUCACAGCAACCACAAACCAGCAACCAGGACUUAACGUUAUAACCGAGCUAGUAAUUGGAUUCAUGUACCCGGGAAGACCAUUAGCAAACGUGACAUUCAAAACUUACGGUUAUAUUAGCAUGACACAAGCCAUCUAUUUCCUUUCGGACUUCAAACUCGGUCACUACAUGAAAAUUCCACCCCGAUCAAUGUUCAUAGUCCAAACCGUGGGCACCUUGCUAGCCUCAACGAUUCAUUUCUCCACCGCAUGGUACCUCCUCACCUCCAUCGAAAACAUUUGCAACACCGAUCUCUUACCCGAUGGUAGUCCAUGGACUUGCCCGGGCGACGAGGUUUUCUACAACGCGUCCAUCAUAUGGGGAGUAGUUGGACCUGGUCGGAUGUUCACUCGGGCAGGUGUCUACGGGAGUUUGAAUUGGUUCUUUCUCAUCGGAUUUCUAGCACCUAUUCCGGUUUGGUAUCUUGCCAAGAAGUUUCCUAACAAGAAAUGGAUCAAACAAAUUCACGUGCCACUUAUAUUGACGGCGACAUCGGCUAUGCCACCGGCUAGGUCGAUUAACUACACGUCGUGGACGGUGGUAGGACUCUUCUUUAACUACUAUAUUUACAACAAGUAUAAGCAAUGGUGGGCUAGGAAUAACUAUAUUUUGUCGGCUGCACUUGACGCUGGAGUCGCGUUUAUGGGAGUGUUUCUCUACUUUGCUCUUCAAGAUAAUGAUAUCAACGGCCCUGAAUGGUGGGGUUUGGAUUUUAGUGAUCAUUGUAAUGUGGCCAAGUGCGCAUUGUCGCCGGUGAUACAAGUGGAGGGCUGCCCACCUAUUGGGUAGAUGAUAAUUAAAUGUAUAUCUUGAAAAGAUAGGUGGGAAAUUUGAUCAUGU